AUGACCAGACCACAGAUGAUCCGAGCAGAUACCAUUGACCUCCAGAGCCGCCAGUCGCCCUCUGCUCAGGACCAUACUAAAAAAGCAGGUGGCUCUUCUGCCGCUGACGGACGGAAUGGCUCGCACCAGGAUCAAUCUCUCCGCAAAGUGGAGCAGGAAGCGCAGGAUGAGAUGUCAAAGGCUCCCCUUGGGUUGGAUGGAACUUCACAGGUAUACUCUCAGCGGGACGGGCUUGAAGUGUACCGGGAACACGACGAACCCGACGACGGCAAGCCCAAUGGCUCAGUGAACGGUGACGCAGCUCAUGAUUCGAGGAAUGGAAGCUCUACUGAAGAUGAGAUGGAGGGCGACGAAGACGACCAGGACCUGGACGAUGACAUGAUGGACAAGAUAUCGAGCUCCCCAUCCAUUGAUGAUGAGGAUAUUGAUUUCGAAUUUGUUUACGCUUUACAUACCUUCAUUGCCACCGUCGAAGGUCAGGCUAAUGCGACAAAGGGCGACACCAUGGUCCUCCUUGACGACAGCAACAGCUACUGGUGGCUGGUGCGCGUCGUUAAGGACGGUAGCAUAGGCUACCUGCCGGCUGAACAUAUCGAAACCCCAACUGAAAGGCUGGCUCGCCUCAAUAAACACCGUAACAUUGAUUUAUCUGCAACCAUGUUAGGUGACAACGCCGAAAAGUCAAAGAACCCUCUGAGGAUUGCUAUGCGCAGAAGACACGGCAAAACUGUCACCUUCAACGACCCGCUCUGCUUCGAGGCCGAAGAGGUUCCAAUCGACUACUCAACAGGCUCGGAAGAAGAAGAGGACCAUUUCUUAGAAGACGACGAAGAGGACGAGGAGGAGGAAGAGGAAGAGGAAGAAGAAGAACAUGAGGUGCAUGAGAGGUCCUCACGCACGAACAAGCAGCAACAUAGUGCCUCGAGGAGAGAUGCAGACAUGGAAAUUGAGCCUCUACGGCCCAAACAGCAGCAGAAAGAGCUCGCUACUUUACACGAACAUCAGCAUGAGCGCAAGGAAAGUUUAGAGGAACAUAACGACGAUCUUGAUAAGGACUUCCAACCUGGACGGUCCAGAAAUGGAGUGGUUCGCAAUACAGACUCAUUCUUCAAGGACGAUAACCUUGAGACAAAGAAAAUCUCCCUCACUCCCAACCUUUUACGUGACGACUCAAUCACUACACAACAGUCAGACAAGGAUUCGAGAGUCCGUGGGAGCUUUGAAUCAUACGAUAAAGGUUCAUACUCUGACAAGAACAAGGAUGACAAGAAACGGAAAGACAAGAAACCUGGAAUGCUCAGUGGCCUGUUCAAGAGAAGGGAUCGCAAAACCAAGGCUACAGAUGAUGAUGACGACCAAGAAAAGGUCUCGGAGGAGUCUAUCCGAUCAAUCACUCCAACCAGUACCUCGGGUGAUCAUGGCAGCAGAGAUGGGCCUAAGCCAACAGUCACUCUGCAAAGGACUCCAAGCAAGCUUCAGAAAGCACCUCCUGGCGAACAACAGGGCUCCGGUUCAAGGAAUGAUAAUGGGCGAUCCACCUCACGACAGGAAGUUGCCGCUCCCCAAUCCCCGCCAGCAACUAAACAAAACUUCCAAUCCAACGGCCAACAGCAAUCACAGCAACCGCAGCAAAAUCACCACCAUCAUCAGCAGCACCAACAACAACCACAACCCCUUCAACGACCCCCGCCACGAACUUCUUCCGCUCAGGGUACACGAGUACGAUCUCCAGAAGUGCUCAGACCACUUACCAACAAGCAGGAUAGGCCAAUGCAGGAGAAAUCUGAACCAAUCGUCUCCCCUGUCAAGGAGCCUCGCAUCUCAUCUGAAUCCGCGCGAGAUGUUUCCACACAUUCACCUGCAAAUCAACCUAAGCACCAAUACUCAGCCUCCCAAACCUCAACAUAUUCUACCCACUCAAGCAAGAAAUCAGCCAGCAUCUCCCAUACCGCCGACCCGGUUCAGCAAGACCGUGAAUUUAACAGUCACUACGACGACACGUUCGACGAGGAUCACCGCUCACCCUCUCCCGAGAAAGACCAGUACUCUUCUAAACCAACCGAUUCACCUUCUCCAACAGUCUCCCCCGCAUUCUCGCAGGAUCCUACUCUCGAAGACGACAGAAGCCAGGUACAAUCCGUAUCACCAUCAGCAGCUAUCCUUCCAGCCUGGAACGAUGGCGGCUUGCGCGCAUACAUGGAUGAUGGCAGUGAUAUCCGCGAUCUCCUAACCAUCGUACACGACAAGUCUAAUGUCCCUGCUGCCGGUCCCGACCAUCCACUCGUCGGAAGCCUCUUCAGGGAGGAAAGCAAGGCAUUGAACGAUAUGUCCAGCCGCUUAGAUGAUAUGCUAAACUCGUGGUUAAGCAAGAGCUCACUUUCUCACUAG